AUGUCUGCAAUCACUGCAUUGACCCCUAAUCAGGUGAGCGAUGAAUUGAACAAAAUGCAGGCCUUCAUAAGAAAGGAGGCUGAAGAGAAGGCUAAAGAGAUACAGUUGAAAGCUGAUCAGGAGUAUGAAAUUGAGAAGUCCAGUUUAGUGCGUAACGAAAUCACUAACAUUGAUGUUAUUACGGCGGAAAAACGCAAGAAGGCGUCAUUGCAGCAGCAGAUUAUGAAGUCUACGGUUGCCAAUAAGAUGAGAUUGAAAGCUCUGUUGGCUAUGGAGGAGGGGUUGGAGGAUAUAUUUGAAGCUGCUAGGGACAGUCUGGCGAGUAUUUCGCAGGAUGAAGAGCGAUACAAGCCUGUGUUGGUUGACUUAAUUGUGGAAGGAAUGUUAAAGUUGUUAGAACCACACGUUAUAAUCCAGGCACGGGAGUCAGACAUUCCUUUAAUUGAAUCUCUAAUCGAUGUCAUACAAUUGAAGUAUAAAGAGGCGACAUCUAAGGAAGUGAAUAUCACUUUGUCUCAGGAAUACUUGAAUAAGGAUGUCGCUGGCGGUGUCAAGAUCACGGAUGCUUCGGGCAGGAUUAAAAUUGAUAACACAUUAGAGGAGAGAUUGAAAUUGCUCAGGGAUAGCUCUUUGCCCGGCAUUAGAUCUACCUUAUUUGGUGUUUCGAAGACUAGAAAGUUUACUGACUGA